CAAAAGCAAACUAUGUCCAGAUUCGGAUUUCUAGAAUUGAGAAAUUGGUUGGACAGCAUGGAAGAACGAAAUGCAAUUGAGCCAAUCUCUUCACUGGCAGCUUGGCUGGAUCCAGUGUACCCAUCAAUUCUGGAGGACUAUGUGCACACUCUAGAUGGCUUCAAGAUCACUCAUGAGGAGAGAUUGAUGCUAGAGAGUAUCAUACAAGACGACGGUAGUCGCCAUAUUCCUCCUACUUCGAAGACGACGACGAAGCCUACGAAUAAGCGCGUUCGCUGGAACGAUUACGUCUCAGCCAUUGAUGCAGAUGUGACCACUCGUUACUCACGGAUCCAGCAAGCAAAAGGCGACGCCAAGCGCCUUGAUCAUCAAACUCCUGUUGAUGGCUCAUCACCUGAUGUUCUCCGGUACCACCAACAUGGACGGCAGCCAAACCACAAGCAGCGACGAACCAAUAUCAAGGUCCGUUCCCAGCGGAAGUCACAUGUCCUCAUUGAUAGUGAGCACAACAUCGACACAUCUGACGCGGGACAACUAUUUAUGCUGGAAUCAACGUCUCCAUCCAGUGUCUCAACAUCUUCUAGUGGAUCUACACCACCGCCUACUUCAAGUGAUGCACAUCUCCUGAGCCCGGAGCUCGAGUCUUGCAUAAUGAUACCAUGGAACGAGGACGACUUCUUCGAUUGAUCGUACCCUGAUUAUGGCAGUGUAACUCACAAUUCGUAUUCUGCUGGAAUAAUACGAUGCCAGAACAAGAAUCGUUCGUGCGCACAGUCGGUGACGAGUCCAAUCUACGUACGAGCUUUGAUAUGAAUGAGCUCGGGUUCGAGGGUAUCUGCGUGUUCUGCGACAUGUCCUGGCUUGAAGUGACAUAGAGUUUGCCUCAGCAGGCUUACUAUGUCGCACAUGGCUCGAAUUGUCACGAAUGACGAUUGCAAACACCCCAGACCCGGAAGUUGGUGAACACAACAUCCACCAUUCCCUGUGGGUUCUCAACGUCUUUUCAAGUCGUCGAACUUCCUGUUCCUCGACCUCAAUUCCUCCUCACUGAGUUAUCAGCCAUGUCGCAACAACAUCGAAGGAAGAGUGUGAAGGAGACUUUGCGCCAAACCGUAGCCAAGCUUCGGAAACGACCACACGUGACGGCAGAUCAGAAGCUCCAGGUGCAAAUCGAUAGUAUGAACACUCAAGCGUCAGAGCUCGACGCCCAAUGCCAGGUGCUCAAAUCGAAAGCCGGCGUUUUCACUGCCCGUGCACAAUCGACUCCGAUGCCUUCAUCGCCUCCACCGGACAGGGAGCCAUUGUUCGAAAGAGACCCGAAAGCACCACCGAGCCAGUACGACUCGCAGGUAAAAGCCUAUGGCAUCUUGAUUGGAGAGUGGCAAUUGUAUGAGAAGGAGGUCAAGGCCUUUGGCAAGAAGCUCGAUCGGUUCGAGGAGACCGUUGAGUCCAUGAAGAGGAAGCAUGUCGAGCCAAGCAAAGCGGUCGGUAAGCCAGAACAUGAGUUCAUUGGGCUGGAUAAUGCUUUAUUCAAGUUGAAGGAGCAGCGCGGCGAACUAAGCAGACUUGUCAGUGCUGUGCCGUUGCCUGCUGAGGAGUGAUCGUUGCGCUUGUUGGGAGUCAGUGGUGAAGACGCCAUUACCAUGAGCGACUGCGGUUAGCGACAGUCGGACAUGGAGUUGACUACGACAGAUGGAUAUCUUAAGUAGCAUCAAGUCUAAGCAGAAAGCCCAGAGUAUGA